AUGGGAGAAGACCUCAUGGAAAAGGGUUAUCUUUACGAACGAUCGGUGGUCCCUGAUCAAGAAUCAGGGGGAAACACAUCCUCAAUCAAAGAAGAGUACAAGACAAACUGUUUUUAUGUUCACAGUAGAACGCGGUACUCGGUGAAGACGUGACAGUAGUCAUGAUGGUAGCAGAAAGAGGGUGUGUUUUUAUUUUGCUUUGCUCUGUCAUGUUGUCGCACACCUGAUUUUGUUUGGUUUUGUAUUUUUUAUUUUAUCGUUUUAGUAUUUUCCACCAGCCUCUUUUUUAUGGCAAGCUGAGUGUGGCAUAUGCAGUGCAGAACCAAGCACAGCAUGGAUUCUGGCACGCACACACACACACACACACACACACACACACACACACACACACACACACACACACACACACACACACACACACACACACACACACUUCAGAGAACGCACGCAUGCAAGCUGUGUGUGUGUGUGUGAGUGAGUGAGUUGGUUGGUUGGUUGUGUGUGUGUGAGUCUUUAGGGUACAAAGGUUUGGGGAUGGGGAGCCCGGAUGUUUUACUUUCCUGUUUGGUUUUGAUUAUCUCAGCUUGUAUACUAAAGGGCUGGUAGGAUUAAUGUGAUGACCACCAGUCUGAUAGACAUUAAGACACAAGAGAAGGCCAUUACAGGUCUCCCAGAUGGGGGAAUUACAACAUGGGAAUGGAGGUUUUUUUUCUUUUUUAUGUCUUUGUAAAUACUUCUCAGGUGGAAAAUACACUGCUAUGCAUUGCGUUUCAGUGUGUGCUAAAACAUGUAACGUGUGUCCGACGACCCUUCAAGCUACUUCCUGUCCUUUUUUAUUUCCUGUGGUCGUAACGAAACAAAAAAAGAUUCCUCUUAACGUACAAGCAGUAACGAUUCCCUCUCCCGUCUUGACUUUGACCCAGCUGUUCGCUCCGGAUCACGAUCCAGUGAUUCGGGGAAGGAAGAUUCAGGAGAACAAAAAUUGUUAAGUCUGUCUUUGAAAGAUGGAAAAGGCUCAGAAAAAGCUAAAAGCACGGUCUGCUUUCCUCUUCUUCUUCUCUCUCUCUCUCUCUCUCUCUCUCUCUCUCUCUCUCUCUCUCUCUCUCUCUCUCUCUCUCUCUCUCUCUCUCCCCCCCCCUCCUUCUCUCUCUCUCUCUCUCUCUCUCUCUCUCUCUCUCUCUCUCUCUCUCUCUCUCUCUCUCUCUCUCUCGAGCGUGAGGAGAUGACAUCAGUACUCAGACACCUUUGCCCAUCAGCAGGGAAACCAGAGGCCUGGGGGUAGAGGAAAAUAACGUCUCAGACCCAGAUGAGGAAACAUUCCAUGAAUUCAUCCCCCCCCCCCCCCCCCCCCAUCUACAGACUCUUGGCAGGUGCAACCCGCCUUCUUCAGACGAGUGAAACAGUCGGCUAUCAGAUUGCUAUUAGAAGCCUGUCUAACGCUUCAUCAGAUGGAGCGACAGACAGGCAGACAGACAGGACCCCCCCCCGGGUCUGGCUACCUUUACUGCCUGUUUCCUUGAGUUCUUUCCUCGCUUCUGUGAUUGUAACAAAGCACUUUGCGACGGGCCAUCCAGAAUCGUGUGUGUACUCUUUGUACGGUCUGACUCACUUAUGUUUCGUUUUGUCCGUUAAUGCGAUUUAUGUUUUUGGUUGAAACAAAGAAAAAAUAUAUAUUUAAAGAGGCAAACAAAAACACAAUAUACAACGAAAAAUACAGUCCACGUGAAAAUACAGCAAAGCGUUGAAAAUGUGGUAUCUGCAUUGAAAGUGUUCAAUGCUGGCUACACCUCAGUUUGACUAUAUCCCUCGCUGUCGAUAUGCAUCCUAUUGGACGGUCACUCAGUCCAGUAUACCCCCUCCCCCUCCUCUUCCCGCUUAUUAUCUCCGACCUGAUUGGGAGAAAAGUCCUUACAUCUUUGUUUUUUUGGGAGAGUCUUUCUUGUAUAAAAAAAAAUGAAAUCCUAUAUAAGAGUUGGAAAGCUUUCUGAGAAGGCUGGGAGGGCUGGUUGUUAAACGUGCGGCGUCUCUCCUGCUGCAGAGUUGGACUCUGCCAUAACUCUGUCUUUGCUUCAAGUAAAAGCGGUUGGAUCUGGUAUCCACGCCGCUAAGAUGUAUAGGGACGUAGAUAUCAAAGGGCCAAGCACUUAUGGAUUUAUUCUUUUUUUUUGGGGGGGGGGGGGGGCGAGGGGGGCGCUUGGUAUCGAUGUCAAAUUAGGAUUAUUGCAAUAGAGUCAAGAGAAUAUAUCCAUUUUAAUAUACGUAAAGACAAAUUCAUAGUUCCAUAAAUGGUUUAAGUUGGGGGGGGGGGGGGGGGUGAUAGGUGAAUAUUUAUAAUAGAUUGAUUUGUAAAUGUGAUUGAUUGAAAAAAUAAGAUCUUUAAUAGCCGUUUGAAACUUCUCUGGUGUAAGUUUGGGGUGGCUCGACAUGCCCUGUAUCUCAGGCCUGGCCAUUGAAUUUUAUUCACAAAUGUUUUUUCUUAGCAUAGCAGUCUGUCAAGUCUUAUCUGUUGGGAGCUGCAAAUGGGUGAGGGUUAUAUGUGAAUUUGCACUUUUUGGCGACAAAAAGAAAUUGUAUUGUAUAUGAGACCACUAAAUCCACACAAUCUAAACCAUAUAAUUCCUUUUUUAUUUGUUUUAAUUGUUUGUUCCGUUUUUCUUUUUUUAAUAUAUCCAAAAAUGUCUGGCAUCUGGUUGUAUGGUUUAAAGAAUAUGAGAUCUUUCUAUUAAAAAAAACAACAGUU